UCGAUCGAAGGAUUUAGUAACUACAUUCGAUUAAUUUGAGCGCAACUUGGCAGUUUUCUUUAGAUCAUUUGUUGGUGCGCUUUUGAUUGGCUUUGUAGACGCUGCAAAGUAUUAGUUUUUUCUUAAAAGAAACUACUGUUGUUUUUAUGGCAACAGACUACCUGUCUUCAAAACCAGUUACCGGGACUAUGGAGACUUCGAACAGGUCAAGCACAGUUGGAGACUUCUCUUAUAGGGAGGCACCCCCUCAGUGGCGCCACGAUUCUUUCAGUUCUAGAGGCGGUCCUUAUUCUUUUGACAGUCACAGCUGGAGUCAGCCAAACGGCUUUCAGUCUUAUACAAGGGCAAACAGGGAACCUGCAGCCUAUCGAAGUGUCGCCGGAGUUUCUGCUGCCUCAACCCCUAAUCCUACUAGUAGUGGCGCUUUGGUGCCGUACACAAUGAAAGCAAGCGCAGACUAUUAUCGUUCAACAUCUGGUCCUGUUGUAUUUAGCGCCGAGCCUCAGUCGAAAAAGACUGUCGGCAACCAAACCAAGAGAGUUACACGUCACGUAAAGGCCGUUUUAUCGAGUAAUCUGGAAGGUCUAACGCUGAAAGUCACAAAGCCAAAGUAUAAGGCGCCUAGAGAAGUUUAUGUUGAGCAGAUAGUACAUUUGCUCACAGGUUUAGGAAGUCCAGGAGCAGACGUAAGGACUUGUAGUGAUAUUGUGAGGAAAUUAUGGAACAAAUGUCAAAUUCAAGAUUGGAGAGUUUGUUGCAAAGCUUUAUAUGUUUUCGAAAGAAUUUUUCGAGAUUUGAGUUUUGAAGACUCCGUCUCUUUUAAGCGGUUCCUCUUGCAGAGGCAGAGUUAUGUUUUACAUGCAGGAGAAACCUUUGUAAAUUUUGCCACCUUAACAAGGUUUGAUGACAGUAAUCCGGCCUCUAGACCAGAGGGGCCUCAAGUUAGUGUUUAUAUUCGAAGUUAUGCCGCGUAUCUCAGUUUUAGACUGCACUGCUUUGAGAAGAUGCAACAACUGACCGGAAAGAAUGAUGCAAAGCCUGGAAAGAUGAUUGACGAGUUUGGAUAUAGUAGUGAAGCUGGCAAACGUGUUGUUGCGGAUCUUCCAAAAAAUACAAUCUUUGAGACUCUAUCACAAAUGCAAGAGUUGCUUGAUGAGAUUCUGUUGAAAGUACGCCUCGAGGAUGAGAAUAAAGAUAGCUGGUUUAGUACUGUGAAAGGCGUUCUUGUAAAUGACGUGACUGUGAUAUCUCUGUAUCCUGUUGCUUGUGACCUUCUUGACUUGUUUAAGAGUAUACAUGAAAAUCUAGCUAGUCUUUUAGAAAACUUCUUCGAUUUGGACAUUCAGAAUGCAUCUAGAGCUAGAGAUAUUUAUGCUCUGUACACUUUGCAAGUUCCACGUGUCCAAGACUAUCUAGAAAUAGCAAAGGAACAGUUUCGUACUCGCGGAAUUCCUCUUUCUAGUGACUUGAAAUACCAUCCUUUGGAUUUGCUGGAUGAUAUGGAUGAGUAUAUCGCAAGGAAAAGUGGUGACAAAGUCAAAGAUGUGGAACAACCCGAAGUACAGAGUAAAGUUGAGGUAGAAUCUUCUGCAGUGAAAGAAGAGAAGCUGAAGAAGGAGGAACAGCAAGUGGAAAAGGAUCUUAUAUUCGGAGAUGAUGAAAAUAACCUUAUUGAGGUUGACACAUCUCAGGAACCAAAGGGAAAAACUGUUUAUGACUUUUUUGCAGAUUUGUCCACACCCAAUGACAAAAGAUUGUCAUCUCCAAAUUCUUCGAGUCAAAGUCAGAAGGUUGACUACGUGCAGCUCAGACCGUUGAAGAACUUAAGUGAACAGUAUAUUCAGCCUAACAAGAACAAACCGUCCAACUCGUCAAACGCUGCUUCAUCUAGGCAGUUUAAUAACGCCUUGGUCCCUAAAACUAACGUGCAGCACACAUCUACAAGCAGCCAACUCUCAGUCUCAAAAGUUUUGCAGGAAAGUUUGGACAAGUCAAAAGCCACAGAGAGAAAAGAAGCUACUGUUGGGAACAAGGAAUCAAUCACGGAAAAUGAUAUAAACAAUAAGAAAAGCGCUAAUGGAACAGUUGUCUCCUACAAUGCCAUAUCAUUUAAUGAAACUCUAUCAGAGUUUUUUGAUAGAAGAGUUAUUGAGUCGAAGAAAAUAGAAGUUAAAGUGACAGAUCUUGAAGGAGAGUUGAAAGACUUGAAAAAUGAGCAAAGCUAUCUGAGAGACCGACUUGACUCUUUAGCGGCGGAAUAUGAAAGGAAGAGACGUGAAGCCUCACAGUUGAGGGUUCAAGUUGUUUCGGCGCAGAAGAAACUCGAGGAAGACUUGUCAAAGUUGAAACCAAAUGAAUCUUUAGAUCCAGGAGAACAAUUGAAGAUAGAUUUUGAAAGAAGAGUCAAAGGCAAUCAAAGACUUUCCAACGAAUUGGACUUGUUGCAUCACGAUGUUCAUACCUUGUCAGCGAAGACGCCGUUGGAUAUCAACACAGUUCGUAGGGCUUUGGACAGCAUAUUAGAGGAGUAUUAUCGGUUGCCUUCAAUGAGAAAAGAUGGAGUAGCUUCAGAACCUUUGUCAUUUACUCAGAAGAUCAUGGAUUCGCAAACCAUGAGUCAGUUGAUUGGUUUCUUAGAUGAGAUAUAUCGAGCUGUAUAUUAUGCUUUAAAGAAUGCCUCGGAGAACAAUGAGUCAAAUACUUUCAAUUUUGCAGACGUUCAAGGUAUAGCUUUCAAUAUCUAUGAACUGAGGAAAAAAUUCACAACCUCAUUUGAUAUUCUUUUAUCAAAUGUCAAGAGAAUAGCUACAGCAUUGGAACAACAAGGAGUUGUUUCAAGUGAGACAUUUGUAGCCGCUGAAAGCAACUACUAUGAUGAUGAUAGCUCUAGCAGCAACUCAGAAUCUGAUAUGAACGGGAAAUACCAAGGACCUCGAUAUCGCAACCCAUUUGAUGAUAAUUAAGGUUUCAUAAUUUUUGAUUUGAUCUGUGACUGUAGAUAUUUGUGUCCCUUUUAUACACAGAACCUGAAUAAUCUAGUGUUGUUGUGCUAGUAAUCCUGUUGUAAAGAUGACAAUUUUUGUCAUAAGUUAGGAAAGAAGGAUGUUAUAUAUAAAAGCAGAGAGGAAGGUUUCUUUGGUUUACU